AUGCACAGGCCAUGGACACGAGACAGAAUUAUCUACCGCAGUGAUCACAACAUAAAUUGCUUGUCUUGUUUGACUUCCUUGUUCACCAAAGUUGAGCAGAUUGUCGCCGUUUUCAACGCUUCUACCAGACAAAAAGCUUGGGACCAUUUCUCGAAAGCCCAGCGAAAGAACAUAGACAUUUGGCGAAAGCAUUCUGAGGAGCUUCGAAAUGCUCACAGCGAACAGCUCAUGGGAAUCCGCCGGGAAGAGGAGAUGGAAAUGUCCGAUGAUGACAGUGGUGACAAUCCCAGUAAAAAGCUGAGAGUAGAUGAUUCAGCUCUAGCCGCCCAAGCGUAUGCGCUAAAGGAAGAGAACGAUAGUCUUCGAUGGCAGCUGGAUGCUUAUAGGAAUGAAGUGGAGCUCCUGAAACAGGAGAAAGGACAGCUCUUUCGAACAGAAGAAAGCCUUACAAAGGACCAGCAGCUGCAGUUCCUGCAGCAGACAAUGCAAGGCAUGCAGCAGCAAUUGCUGAGCAUACAGGAAGAAUUAAAUAACAAAAAAUCCGAACUAGAGCAAGCCAAGGAAGAGCAAACACAUACACAAGCGAUGCUUAAAGUCCUUCAGGAACAGUUAAAAAGCGCCAAGGAAUUAGCAGAAAUCAAUGGACAUGAUGAAUCUCAGGCAAAUGAAAUCAAUGUAUUGACAGUAGCAUUGGUCAACCAAGACAGAGAAAAAAAUUCAGAGAAACGAAGCCCGGGUCUAAAAUCAGAGAAAGAGGCACUAUUAAUAGGUAUCAUAUCCACAUUUCUUCACGUCCACCCUUUUGGAGCCAAUAUAGAAUAUCUUUGGUCUUACAUGCAGCAGCUGGACUCUAGGAUCUCCGCAAAUGAGAUAGAAAUGCUUUUGAUGAGACUGCCGCGCAUGUUUAAACAAGAAUUCACUGGUGUAGGAGCAACACUGGAAAAGAGGUGGAAAUUUUGUGCCUUUGAAGGAAUUAAAACUGUCUGACUGUGACUAGUAAUGAAGCUAUGCAGAAGAAGAAUUCCUAGAGCAUGGCAGGGUUAUGAAGUAUUAAAGUAAGAAAUUUGGGUUUGGGCACAUAGUAGUAUGUUUUCAAAGUUAUCCAAGCCUAAUUUUAGUUACAUUUGUGACGUUCUCUUGUGAGUGGAAAUGUAGUUGUGCACCAGUUCCUAAAAUAAAAUAAAAUUUAAAAAAAAAAUCUCAAAAUGUGACAGAUCUGUUUCCUAUGAAAACUGAAGAAAGAUACCACAGUCAUAAUGAUUUCAAAAUACUACAUGUCCUACAUCUAAGAAAAGCUCAUUGAGCAAACAGUUAGGGAGAAAGAUUGCCCAGUUACGGUCGCUAAACUACAGCGAUGUAUAUGUAAUAUGUAGUAGAACUCAUUAAGUUUUGUUAUUGAAAGUUCUUUGUUCAGUAAGAAAAUUGAGUAAUUUUGCAGUGGGGAAAAGCAUACCAAAAGAAAACUUGAAGAUGUGUCUGAAGUUAUUGUAUUUUGUAAAUUAAGUUAUAUGCUGUACCAGGGAUUUUUGCCUUAUUGAAAGAGGCCUGAAAAUGUGAUUGGAGUCCUCAAGAAUGCUUUAUCAAGAAUAUUAUUUUUCUAAUGUAACUAUUCUCCAUUACAAGUUCUUUUAACAUGGAUUGCAUAUCAAUUUUCAUAAACAUGUAAAUAAGGAGGAAACCAGUGUUACUGUAUUGUAUUUGGUAUGUAACAUUCAGGUUUAUGCAUCAAAAUAAAUAUUCAGUUGCAUUACUGUUACAAAUUUUAUAGCAGAUAUAUUAAUUUUUAUCAAUAAAUAUGGCUUCUACCA